AUGCCAUUUGGCUUGACCAAUGCUCAUACUACCUUCGAAGCAGUCAUGAAUCAUCUCUUCAAGGACCUUCGGCAAUUCAUCAUUGUGUUCUUUGAUGAUAUAUUAGUAUUCAACAAAUCCGUGGAAGAACAUAUUCAGCAUCUUGAAAUGACAUUAAGCUGCUUACAACAACAUUGUUUCUUUGUUAAGCUCAGUAAGUGUUCCUUUGGCACCCGAAAAAUAGAGUAUUUGGGUCAUGUGGUUGAUGCCAAUGGUAUUUUUGCUGAUCCUAAGAAGAUAUCUGCUAUGGUGGAGUGGCCUGUUCCUAAAACACUUAAGCAGUUGAGGGGAUUUUUGGGCCUCACUGGCUAUUAUAGAAGAUUUGUUAGGAGCUAUGCUACUUUGGCAUUCCCACUGACAGAACUCUUAAAGGAUCAGAUACUUUUGUAUGGAUAG